AGAUUUUAAAAACUUUCAGUUGUUCUGCGAUUUUCUGAAGAUACAGUCGGGAGUUCGGAAUCAAGAAAAAUGGCUUUGAAUCUUGCCGGUUUAAGGGUCGCUAUCUGUGGAGGAUUGGGUGGAAUUGGACGAGAAAUCUGUAAAGGGUUGCUUGAGAAAAACGUUGCGCGUUUAGCUGUCCUAGAUUUGAAAGAAGAUGCAGAUGCCUUAAAAAAAUGGAAAAGUGAACAUCCAAAACAAGGCAUGUUUUUUGGAAACAUUGAUGUCACCAAAAGAGCUGAUGUUGAGAAGUCUGUUGGAGAAGCGAAGAAGGAACUCGGAGGACUUGAUAUGUUUAUAAACUGCAGUGGCAUACUAAAGGAUAAUGACCCUGAUUUGACGAUACAAGUUAAUUUGCUUGGAACAAUAUACACCACCCUCACAGCAGUGAAUUUAAUGGGCAAACAGAAAGGUCAAAAUGGAGGAACAAUUGUCAACGUGGCUUCAGUUUUAGGGCUGCAGCCUUGUCAUCAGUUUGGCAUUUAUUCAGCAUCUAAACAUGGCUGCGUUGGUUUCACCAGAUCUCUUUCUCAUGAAUUCCAUUUCAACAAGACAGGAAUCCGAUUCCUAACAAUUUGCCCAGGAAUUACUGUGACCAAUAUCAUUGCGGAUACUAAGGAUUUAGGAACUUUUGACUAUCUUGCGGACGAAGCAGUUCGUUUCACACAGGCAAAAACCCAACAGGCCGACAUUUGUGGAAAAAAUAUUAUCAAAGCUUUGGAGACAGGUAAAAAUGGAUCUGUUUGGAUUUGUGAUUUGGGAACCUUAAAGGAAGCUAAUAUACCUGUUUACUGGGAAGCUCAGUACUAAAAAUUGGCAACAGAACGAUUAUUUCGACGAAUAAAAGUGUAAGAUUUUAAA